AUGGGUAUGUUCCACCUCGCCGGUGUCGCUGCGCUCGCCGCUUGCGCUACUGCUGCCCCUGCAGAAACGAGCGCGGCACAACCCAAAAGCUUUCUCAAGGAAUUAGGCAACUCAACUUGGAUCAUUGGUAAUGGCAUAUGGAACAUGACACAAGGUCGCCAGUAUGGCGUUAAGCUCUGGUACAAGGGAAAAGAUCGUGUCGGUCCGACCGCCACCGGCCACUACGUGAGCUACAAUGGCGCGGCGUCCGAUCUCAAUUGGACCUCUGCGGCAAUAGCCGACUCGGGCAGAGACUGGAUCAACGUCAAAUUUACAGCAAAGGAGGGCGACUUCCAUUGGGUCAUCCACGAUGACCUAGCUGGCGCGUACCAGUACUUCGUGAACCACGCUCUUCCCACACUCGGCGAAUUUCGAACUCUAUGGCGGUUGGACAACGUCUCCUUCCCCAAUGGACACACGAAUGUCAAGGAUGGAGAAUUACCUCCAUUGUCGGAGUAUGCUGCUGCGACGAAUGUCCAGGAUGAAACCUGGCAGAAGGCAGACGGUACUUUCCUGACCAAGUAUGAUUGGUCUGCUUUUAUCAGAGACCAAACAUACUACGGUGUCUAUGGUGAUGAGGUUGGAAGCUGGUACAUCAAUCCUGGCAAGGAUUAUUACAACGGUGACCAUCUGAAAGAGGAACUCAUGGUUCACCGUGAGUCCAAGACUGGCGACGCCGUUCAGCUGAAUAUGAUCCACGGUACUCAUUAUCUCGCCCGCUCCAGCGAUAACUUCACAGAUGGGAAGACCUGGGGUCCAUGGCUGUGGUAUCUGAACGACGGUAACAAGGCCGAUGCCGACAGACGCUGGAGGCAGGAAGAUAAGGCAUGGCCUUACGAGUGGUUCAAAAACACGGCAUACCAGUCUCGCGGCUCGGUUUCUGGAAAGCUACUCCUCAGCGAUGGGCGACCAGCCUCCGGAGCUGCCGUGUUCCUUGGAGACAGCAACUCAGCACUCAGCACCGCUGACCAGGGCAAGGACUACUACUACACUGCUUAUGCCGACAAGCAAGGUCGCUUCACUAUCGAUGAUGUACGAACUGGCACUUAUGGUCUGUAUGCUUGGGGCAACGGUGGAAGCAUCGCAGAUGUAACGACCUCGUUUGUGCAGAACGAUGUUGUCGUUUCCAAGCGCAAGAAGACAGAUCUGAAAUCUCUCAAGUGGACCGUUACCGAUAAGAGCAAGCGUAUCUUUCAGAUUGGUGACUUCGAUCGUACUUCCCGAGGAUUUGCUCUCAGCGGCCCUACUCCAUUCGAACACGGCCGCAUCGCCAAAACCCCCGGCAACCUCACGUAUACUGUUGAUAGGUCCCGCUCGAGUGAUUGGUUUUUCGGGCAGUCCAAUCUCGGCACCUGGUCCAUCAACUUUAACUUGAAGAACGUGCCCGAGUCUGCCACGGGUGCGAGACUGUACACAUCGCUCGCCGGAUUUUCCAGCGGCACGAAAUCGAAUAUCCUGGUUAACAAUGAGAAGAUUGGAAAUAUCUCGUCCAAUGCUGUGCUCCUGGUAAGCAGCCAGGACACCUACCGCGGAGCGACUCAGGCUGGAGAGUGGAGAAAUCUUCAAUGGGAUGUGAAGAAGGAGCUGCUGAAGUCCGGUGACAAUAAGGUGGAUAUCACGGUCACCGAGAGCACGCAAUGGAGAGGUUGGUUGUGGGACAGUGUGGUGCUCGAGUGGGUGUAA